CGAAGAGAGCGGUUCUUGUAAGGAGUGUCCGCGAGCAGUCGCGCGUCGCGUGCGCGUCCGAGGAACCUUGUGAGUCACACGCAGAUGGCCAGCUCCUUCCUGACCUCCUGGCUGCCGCAGAGCCUCGCCGCGCCCUCCUCGGAGGGCUGCAAAUCCGCCGACAAGGCGGACGCAGAGGGCGGCGCAGACAAAGGCGCGCAGCAGCCUGCCGCCGCGCCUCCCAGCCAGCAGGGCGAGCUCUCAAAGGGCAAGGAGCUCGCCGUGGCGGUGCCUGAGCGCGUCGCGCCCGCAGACGGCCAGGCCGCCGCCAGUGCUGGCGCCUCUGCCGCCGCUGCCGCGCCCGAGCCGCCGUCUCCAAAGGCGUACACCGCUGCGGCGUCGCCCGCGGGUCGGCGCGCGGCGGGGGAGGAGGAGGCGACCAGGCCAAAGGGCCGGCCCGCCAAGCAACGCGUGCGCCACCGCAAGGUGCGCGAGGGCGUCACCGUCUUCAAGGGCCACCCGUCCUUCUCGAUAGCGCAAAACCUCAAGCUGGGGAUCGCGUACGCGACGGGGCGGGCGGGGGCGCGGACGACGCGGCAGGGGCCGCUGCAGGCCAAGGACCUCAAGGCGGUCUAUACGCAGCACUUCCCGCGCGAGGGCUCCGCCACCACUCCCGCCCACUCCACCUCGGCCUUCCAGUUCAAGGACCACGCGCCGCUGGCCUUCCGGCACCUGCGCGAGCACUUUGGGAUCGACGAGCAGGAGUACGUCGUCGCCAUCUGCGGCGAGGGGUCGCUGCGCGAGCUUGGCACGCCGGGCAAGAGCGGCGCCGUCUUUUACCUGACCGAGGACGCCCGCUUCAUCAUCAAGACGGUGUCCAAGAAGGAGUCCAAGUUCCUGCGCCGCAUGCUGCCAAACUACUACGCGCACGUGCUCUCGUCCGACCAGACGCUGCUGCCGCACUUUUACGGGUUGGUCCGCAUCACGACCGCCCUCGGCCGAAACAUCCGCCUCGUCGUGAUGAACAACCUCCGGCCCGAGGACUUGCCCGUCCACGAAAAGUUCGACCUCAAGGGCUCGACGCUCGGCCGGUACGCGACCGCUGCGGAGAAGCGCUCGACCAACGUGACGCUCAAGGACCUGGACUGGAGGCACCAGCUCGCGGUGCCGUCCGACGUGCUCACUCCGCUCCGGAGGCAGUUCGCGGCCGACGUCGCCUUUCUGCGCGAGAUGCGGAUCAUGGACUAUUCGCUCCUCGCCAUGCUCCACUUCCCGGCC